GUUGCCGGGGCCGCGGCAGCCUGGAUCCGCGGGGGCGCGAGGGGACGGCGGCCGCCACCGCCGCAGGCAGGCCGCGGGAUUGCCAGGACUGCGUGGGGAGGCAGCGCCAGCCACCGAGGGCUCCUCCUCUUCCUCCUCCUCCUCCUCCUCGUCCUCCUCCUCCAAAGUCGGAGCGAGCAGCCCCGGCAGCGCCCGCAGGGACCGGAGGCAGCGCGGCGCGAGCGGCGCCAUGGACAGCGAUGACGAGACGGUGGAGGAGGCGGUGGAAGGGCAGCUCGAUGAUGAUGGCCUCCCGCAUGGCUUCUGCACCGUCACCUACUCCUCCACAGACAGGUUCGAGGGCAGCUUCAUCCACGGCGAGAAGAAUGGCCGGGGGAAGUUUUUCUUCUUCGAUGGCAGCACCCUGGAGGGCUACUAUGUGGACGACGCGCUGCAGGGCCAGGGCGUUUACACGUACGAGGAUGGGGGCGUUCUGCAGGGCACCUACGUGGACGGCGAGCUGAACGGGCCAGCGCAAGAGUAUGAUCCCGAUGGAAGGCGAGUCUUCCAGGGCCAGUACAAGGACAACAUCCGGCAUGGGGUGUGCUGGGUCUACUACCCAGAUGGCGGCAGCCUCGUAGGAGAAGUGAAUGAAGAUGGGGAGAUGACUGGGGAGAAGAUUGCCUACGUCUACCCUGACGGCAGGACGGCGCUGUAUGGCAAGUUCGUGGAUGGGGAGAUGCUAGAAGGGCAGCUGGCCACUCUACUGGUCGAGGAGGAAGGGCGACCCCUCUUCCAGCUGGUUCCUGGAGGUGCUGUGUACCAUUUUGACAAGUCAACUUCAUCUUGUAUUUCUACCAAUGCUCUUCUUCCAGACCCUUAUGAAUCAGAAAGGGUCUAUGUGGCAGAGUCGCUCAUCUCCAGUGCUGGCCAAGGGCUGUUUGCAAAGGUGGCGGUGGAACCUAGCACCAUUAUGUCUUUUUAUAACGGAGUCCGGAUUACACACCAAGAGGUGGACAGCAGAGACUGGGCCCUGAACGGAAAUACACUCUCACUAGAUGAGGACACAGUCAUCGAUGUGCCAGAGCCCUACAACCACGUGACUCAGUACUGCGCCUCCCUGGGUCACAAGGCCAAUCACUCCUUCACACCCAACUGCGCCUAUGACAUGUUUGUGCAUCCCCGUUUCGGGCCCAUCAAGUGCAUCCGCACAUUGCGAGCUGUGGAGGCCGAUGAGGAGCUGACAGUGGCCUAUGGCUAUGAUCACAGCCCCCCGGGGAAGAGCGGGCCCGAGGCCCCCGAGUGGUACCAGGUGGAGCUGAAGGCCUUCCAGGCUGCUCAGCAGAAGUGAGGGGCCUACAUCUUGACCCGCAUCUAUGCACCGUGUUCAUCCGACAGCGCUGGACAACCAGGAACGCCCCACUGAGACCCCGCGUCCCCCAUCCUUCACCCUGCACUAGCCACAACAUUCUCACCUCCUAACUAGGUUUGAUUGCAUUACUCAGACCAGAUUCAAAAGUAGUCAGCCUGCCCCCUACAGCCGGCCACAUACAACAGCGCCAAGAUGGGGUGGGGCGGGAGGAUCAUUUUUGGCAAUUUUCCCCCUUGAUAUUUUUUUCACACCGCAAAUGCCAGAUUGGUGUGAUCUCACUUGCGCACGCGCCCUGUCAGGAGAAAAAUCUAUUUUCAUUUUCUAGAGCUAGUAUCAUUUGCCUUUUAACCUUUGGUCUGUAUCUUGCAAUAGAAUGGCUUUUUUUUUUUAUUAUUCCUUGUGAACAAAUCCCUGUUUUGGGGGGGUCUUUUCUACCCCACACCAGUCCUGCUCUAUAUCUUAGAUUCUCUUUUACAAGCGAGAACCUCCAAAAGAAUUGGGGCUUCAAGCUAGAGAGUGGAUCUCGCUGACUUUUUAGAUGAUUGUUUCAUUAUCAUGUCUAAUAUAAGGAACUGGCUCCUACAGCCAGGGCAUUAUUAUAGCAUUUUUAUUCUCGCAUGGAAACAAAGAUACCUUUGCUUUAAGAUGUGAGAAGACAUACCUUUAAUUUGUUUGCAUUCAUUUAUGGUAGAGUUGUAAUAUAUACUUGAAGAAGAGAGGGAAAAUUAGCCUUUUGAAGCAGUGUCUAUGGAGAUUUUGCCUUGGUAGGAAUUUUUUCUCCUUGGUGCACAUUAAAUGUACAUAGCAUAGAGUCAUCUGGCCUGCCAGCACCGUGCACUGAAUUCAAAGCCAAAUGGCAAACUUGAAUUCUAACCCAGAAUUUAGAAGUUGUCCUGUUUUGUUUUUCAUUGCUACUGUCAAGAGAGACAUACUUUAUGAACCAAACCUUAAUGUGCACUCUUUGGCCAUUAUAAUUUUAGAGCUCUUACCUGCUUUGUGAGUUCAUUGUGAGUUCCAAGUUAACACCUAUAUAGUUGAAAGGCAACAAUGCAAUAGCCUUUCCUGCCAUUUUGCUAGCCAUGUGUAAUCAGCACGCAGAAAUAAGGAGAAACACACCCCACCUCACCCUGUUUUGAGUUUAGCUCACUAGGAAUAGACUAUCACAGGACAGCUCCGGGUGAAUUCUGAGUGUUCAAGCUUCCAGGAAGCAUCAAGGGAACUGACCAAGGGAACUGGUGCCGGCUCCCACAUGGCAGUGCUCCCGAAGCCCUGCCAGCUUCAUUGAGGCAAAAUCAGGCUGUCCCUGACACCCUCUGAUGGGGUAGGAGCAGGCCCCUAGCACCUGGGUUCUUGGGGAGCUGAAAUGAGGUGAUGCUCUUCUCAGGGAGAGGAGGAAUCAGUCCUGACCUCUGCCUGGAUCUUAUAGGCUCAUGUAUGUCUCACAGAAAUGAAGUGAAGGAGAGUGAAGUAGACUCUUGAAAAUGAUUGAGGUAAAUGAAAUGUAUCCAAGGAAGCAUGAGUGCUUCUCCAGAGAACAGGCUGGGAGAGAAGGGGCCAGCAUAUAGGACACAGCCCAGCAGCUAGAGAAUACAACAACCAAGGUGCUUGCCUUGCACAAAGUGGACCCAUGUUCGAUCCUCAGGCAUCCUAUAUGGUCCCCAAGCCCCACCUGGAGGAUCCCUGAGCAAAGAGCCAGGAGGGAGUCCAGAAUACCACUGUGUGUGACCAAUGGGGAAAAAAAAAGGCACCCCACCUUGAGUUGAAGUACCACCAGUUGCCUGGAGUCUCUAGGCCUUUCCAAGCUACCUUAGCUAGAAGUUCUCUUUUCUGUGCAGGUAAAAAUCAUUACUAGGAUCAUGUCAAGGAAAAGGGCGUAGCCCUCGUGGUCCUCUUCAUUCUGGCUCCUCAAGCCUUGGCUAUCAAGGCUGUGCUAUCUCUGAGAGGGUCCUACUCUGGCUUUAGCAGGCAACCUCAGUCUUAGCCUCUUACAGGGCUGGAUAAUUCCAGAGCAUUACUGUUCUGAUGACUUCCUGGCCUUCAUUGCCCAGGGACUUCUUCCCGUGGCAGCCUACUUAGUUCCAUUACAGGGAGCCCAAGUCGGGAAGGUAGCCCCCUCUGAUCCUCCUCUCUCCCUGGUGGCCCGCAGGGAGAUCACAGAAAUUUUCCCAGGUGGUGGAAAAGGCUGAGGUCACAGGAAUAUUCACUCUGAGUUGUCUCUGCCCUACCCUGCAUGACUCCACCUUUUCCUAGCAGCUUUUCUACAACAAAUACUGCCUUCUGCUAAUCAGGAAUAGGUUCAUCCGAAGAAGUGUCCUUGAAUGAACUUUGAAUGCCUUUGAAUGCACUCAGAAAAACACCCACAAGGUCUUAGAGGCCAGGGAGAAGGGGCCAAAGCCAUAGGCCAGGCAGCCCUGAUGGACCUGGGAGAAAACCUUCCUUCUCCAGCCUCUCUUUGGAUUCCUUUGGGCCCAAGGUUCUUCACAGUCCUGCAAAGACUCAGGGGAGAGCCUGGUGUCCCUAAUUCCUUUGUAUUCUCCAAAGAGCAGGAAGUGAUUGAUCCCCUACCCAACUGAGAACCCAGGGUCUCCUCAAUAAGACCUGAGUGGUAACUUGAGAAAUUCCCCUUUUAUGUAUAAAAUUGCAAAUCACUUCCCUUCAGAAUGCACUUAGGAUCUUCCAAGAAGGUAUCUCUCUUUCCUGUGGGGCUUUGUUGGAAGACUUGCCUCCAGCUUAUUUUAGGAGUUACAGUAAUGAGUUAGAAUCCUGAGUUAUUGUUUUGUUGGUUUUUGAAAAAUAAAAAAAAUUUUGCUUCCAAAAUAUAAGUAAAAAAUAUGUUGCAAGACUGGUAGUUAGGAAGUUUUGAAGCCACAGAUCAAAGGUUAUCUAAACAUUAACUUGACAUUGUCUUAAGGUACCUCGAGAGACUCUGAUUUUGAUUUUGAGCUUUUCUUCUGGAUUUUGGAGCCUCGAUGCCACAUUGUUUUUUGGUAUUUUUUUUUUUUACUACUCAUUUCUAAUAGUUUUGCUUUGCCAGCCGUGUGCACGUACAUAGUCAAAGCAAUGAACAGAUUUCAAGCCAUAUGACCACAGGGGGCUGCGAGCCUUUUCACCAAUUUUAACGCCCUUGUAUGUAAAUAGAUGUUUGUAUGAAACUUUUUCCUGGUUAGGAUGACUCUACUUCAAGGAAGUGGAAUCACUCCAGUGCUAUUUAAACUAACUUCACAAUUCCGGGUGAGAAUUCUUGGAGUCUAUGGAGAUACGAUGCAGAUCAAGCUUUGAUUUGUACAAAUCCAAACCAAGCCUACCAGCAACCCUCCUGGCAGCCUUGCAGUGGAGAGUUCCGUAGGCUCCCCCAGUGCCUCCUGGUAUAAGUCAGGUGCUCACGGAGGUGCAUCCUGGGACCUCGCUCUGGGUCCUCAGGCCGGAGAGUGCAUUCCAGAUGCGGGUGCAGUUUUCCGGAGCGAGUGUCACUUUCUUUGCAGGGCAGCAGAAUCAGAAGCCAGAGGUGGCCAAGGCCACCAUACCCCGCCACCCUGACUGCCUAGCCUCAUUCGUCAGGGAGGCCAGCCUCAGUGGAAUUGGGGUUCAGUCCCCUAUCUUCCCCCGACCACACACACACACACACACACACACACACACACACACACACACACGACUUCACCUUUCUGCCAGCAGCCCCUGCCUUCUGCCCUCCCCACCCCGCCUGAGAGGAUGGAGCAGAGAGCAGCUGGCCAGGGGCCCAAUUUUCAGCACAGUCAUUUCCCAUCUCAGCUCUGGGACUGACACCACACACCCUUCCCCCCGCAAACUUCCAGCCCAAGACAUACAUCCAUGGAGAGCGCUGCUGGUGUGAUGUCACACCUCCUGUGUGAUGUCAUGUCCCAGCUUCUGAGCUGUUUUCUUAGCCAGAGCAAGCACAUCAUCCCUAGGACAAGCCUCCUUACUUCCUAUACCCCUCUUUUCCCAGUACACCCCUUUACAAUAUUGCACCUCAAUGCGGCUUCUUUCUGCUCGGCCCCUGGGUGUCAUGACACACAUGAAGACAAAUGUUCACUGUGGAUACUAGCAAUACGUACACAGGCCAAUUCAUGGGGAGCUGUUGGCUUGCUCUGGGUCUCUGGGGUCACUCGGAUCCCCUCUCCAGGGAGAGGCUCAUUUGUCCUACAAGUAGGGUCAGGGCUCUAUGCUCCCAAUUCAAAAUGUUUCCCUUCUGAGUUUCCUAUGUCCUCUUUCUCUCCUGAAACGCAUUCGUGAGGUGAUGAAGACUGUUUUAAGGAGGGGAAGCCUGGGGUACGCUUUCAGCAUUUCUUUCAGUUAACCCAAAGUUAACCCCAUCUCAGUUAACGAGCAUCUCCAAUUGGUCUCUUGUGCAAUUUGAACUAAAUCUUGAGCCUUACUCAAUAUCUCUAAGUCUAUGGUUUUUUAAAUUAUGGAGAAUUUAUGAAAGAUGUUUACAUGGAUGCUGUUUGCCCUUACUGUGUUAUGAAUGAGUUUUUUUUUGUAGUGUGUCUGGGUGCAUGUGCAAGAGAGCAGGGAAAACUGUUUCUGAAACAAAACUUGACAAAUAUUUGUAAUGAAAAGUAAAUUUAAAGAUUGCUCUAAUUGCGCUAUAGAAACAACGCAAGUAUUAAACAAAAUAGACCAUC